AUGGAUGCCCAGCCCAUUUACAUUUUAUGUUUUAUUGCUAAUCAGUAUGAAGCACUGAUAAACUAUCACUGUUUAACAGUGCUGGCGACUCUAGACUACCGCGCGCUGUGGCAGUUCAGGGCUAUGAUCCUCUGUAACAUCCCUGAUAGCUGGCCUGCACUGGAUUAUGCAGACUAUGGAUGCUACUGUGGAAAGGGAGGCUCAGGCACACCGGUGGAUGAACUGGACAGGUGCUGUGAGGUGCAUGAUCGGUGUUAUUCUGACUCAUGGCAACAUGAAGACUGCUGGGGUAUCUUAGACAACCCCUACACUGAAGUCUAUUCAUUCUCAUGUGACAAAGAGGCAAUGAAAGUCACCUGCAAUGCUGACAAGAAUCGGCCCUGUGAGAUGUUCAUCUGUGAAUGUGACAGAAAAGCAGCCGAAUGCUUUGCACAAGCAGGUUACAACCCAGAACACGAGCACUAUCCUAGUGAAAACUGCAAAUGAACUGAAACUCGAUAAAGGUUUA